GCAGAGACUCGGCUUCCGGCUCCGGUGGCCCUGGGUCAGUCAGCUUUUGUGCUACGUGUCGCUGGCGUGUGAGGUGUUGGCUGACAGGCAUCAUGGAUCAGGUAAUGCAGUUCGUUGAGCCGAGUCGGCAGUUUGUGAAGGACUCCAUUCGGCUGGUGAAAAGAUGCACUAAACCUGAUAGAAAAGAAUUCCAGAAGAUUGCCAUGGCAACAGCAAUAGGAUUUGCUAUAAUGGGAUUCAUUGGCUUCUUUGUGAAAUUGAUCCAUAUCCCUAUUAAUAACAUCAUUGUUGGUGGCUGAACACCUUUUUAGGAGACUUUUUCCAUCUUGGGGAUUGGUGAAUAAGUGAGGAUUUGAGAAACUCAUGGAGUAAAAAUUUGCCUAUGUGUUUUGUGUUUUUCUUUCAUUUUUGUCUUCCAGGGUGUUUUGUAUUUGUAAAUUAAAACAGUUUCAAAAUAAACAAACCUAACUUUUUUCCAUCAUAGAUAUUAAACAAAUUUGAUAGGA